GUACAUAAACAGCAAAUUCAAAGAACAUGCAAAUUAAAAUGAGAUGGUAUUUUUCAGCUGUAAAAUAACUAAAAUAAUUUUAAUUAUGAUAAUUUAAUACUAGUACCAGUGAUUCUGUGACAAGAUUGAUACAACUUUCUUAGAAAUCUACUUGGCACUCAAAACUGUUCAUAUCAUCUGGCCCAAGAAUUCUACAUCCCAAAUCUACCCUGAGAGAUUUAUUUGAAAUGUAGAAAAAGAUUUAGAGAUGCAUCUCUCAUUAAAUUAUAACCCUUAACUUCUCCUAUUUUCUCUAGGAAUCUUGGAGACUCAUGAAGUUCAAAGCCUGAUAAAGCAGGAGCAGGUCCUGGUAGGGGCCAAGGUACAGAAACCAGGCCUCCUGCUCCCCAUAUCUUCCCAGAGCCACCCUGCUUCCCAGGGACAAUGUCAGCAUGGAGCAAUGGCAGCUCCAAUGUGUCCUACACCAGCUUCCUCCUGGUGGGCUUCCCAGGGCUACAAGAGUCCCGCACCCUCCUGGUGCUGCCCUUCCUCAUUCUCUACCUAGUAAUCAUUUUCACCAAUGCCAUGGUCAUCCACACGGUGGUGGCCCAGCGGAGCCUGCACCAGCCCAUGUACCUGCUCAUUGCCCUGCUCCUGGCUGUCAGCAUCUGUGCUGCUACCACUGUGGUUCCCACCAUGUUGUUCAGCUUCUCCACUCACUUCAACCGCAUCUCCCUGGCUCGCUGUCUGGUCCAGAUGUUCUGUAUCUACUUCCUCAUUGUCUUUGACUGCAACAUCCUUCUGGUCAUGGCUCUGGACCGCUAUGUAGCCAUCUGCUACCCACUCCGCUACCCGGAGGUAGUGACAGGCCAGUUGCUGGCUGGCCUUGUGGGAGUGGCAGUUGCCAGGAGCACAGGCAUUGUUGUUCCAGUGGUGGGGCUGGCCUCCCAGGUUCAUUUCUGUCGCUCAAACGUGAUCCACCACUUUGCCUGUGAGCACAUGGCCCUGAUGAAGCUCUCUUGUGGGGACAUCUCCCUAAAUAAGACUGUGGGGCUCACUGUCCGCAUAGUCAACAGAGUCCUGGACAUGCUGCUACUUGGAGCCUCCUAUUCCCGCAUCAUCCAUGCUGCAUUUCAAAUUUCAUCAGGCAGAGCACGUUCCAAGGCCCUGAACACCUGUGGCUCCCACCUGCUAGUCAUCUUCACCAUCUACUCCUCCACCAUAUCUUCAUCCAUCAUCUACCGUGUAGCCCGCACUGCCUCCCAGGACGUGCACAACUUGCUCAGCGCCUUCUACCUGCUGCUCCCAUGUCUGGUCAACCCCAUCAUCUACGGGGCCAGGACCAAGGAAAUCAGGCAGCAUCUGGCAAUUCUGUUCCAACGGGCACAGCUGCAGAUACCCACUGAGAAGCCCCAGUCUUUGCCCUCACACAGGGAAAUUCCUGCCUGAUUCUCUAGAACUCGUAAGUCCUAUAAUCACUCUUACUGUCAAGUGGGUAAAUGUGCAGGCUAGUCAUCCCUGCUAUAUUUUGGCUUUGGCUAUCUGCAUUCAUCUUUGGGUCUUUUACCCAUUUUCUGAAGAAUAUCUACUCAUCCAGAGUUAUACAGUAACCAGCUGCGAAGUCAGCUUAUGUCUCUGGCUUCUAAAUUUUCUCCUCUUCUUUCUGCAUGUGAUUUUCAUUCAUGCAUUCAUUGUCAUUCAUUCAUCAAACAUUUAUUAUACAUCAUGCUAAACCUAUGAUUGCAAAAAAAGAUUUGAUCUCUACUCUGAAGGAGGUCCCAAUCUAGCAAGCUGUACGACGUAUAAUGCUCAAUAAUAGAUUUAAGUACAAAAUUCUGUGAGAACAUAGAGGAUAAUCUAUGAAUGAUAAUCACUAACACAGAACACUUCACAUAGAAGGUGAAUUUGAGUUGUGUUUGAAGGAUAAAAUCAAGUGUUUACUGGAGAGGAAGAAGACAGAAGAAAAGCCAUUCUAGGAUAAAGAACAGCAUGGGCAAUAAGUGAUACAGAAAUUGGUACCAGGAGUGGGGUGCUGUAUAAAAAUCUAAAAUAUAUGACAUUGGCUUUGAGAUUGACCCGGUCACCCAGCCUGUCUUCAGUAAAGAAUACUGUUAGGUCACCUUAGCCAGAAUCCCAUUCCCCCUCAUAUUUCCUCUUCAUGAUAUUGCAUUCAUUGACCCCUACCCUGUUCCUUGGCUAUAAAGUCCCACUUGCCAAUGCUGUUGGUGGAGUUGAGGACAGUUCUAUAGUGAGAUCGCUUUUCUCCUAUUGCACCAAUCCUGAAUAAAAUCUGUUUUUACCUCUUUACUGUCCAGCUCUGCUUUUGCUUGUGCUCUUGCAUUUCUACCAUAACCACGAGAACGUGCUUGGGCUAGCCUGCUGGUGAAACAAAAGAUACAUUUAUUUAGGAAAGCUGAGUUGUCUCCGCCAGUGCCAUCAGAUGUUAAUCUAGAUAAGCUGAUAGCUAGCCAACCCCUAAAUAUGUGAGCAAGCCCAAGCAGAGUCAGCAGAACCACCUAGCUGACAAACUCAAAUGUGUGAAUACUUACAAUAAAUGCCAGAGUUUCUGCAGCUCUUUGCUAUGCAGCAAUUUUGUGACAGAGAGGUGACAAAAUGACAAACCAAUGGUUUAUACACAGUACAUCUUCUUCAUCACAAUGCUUUAAUAUAUAUUAGAUAAAUGUCUUUUUAACUGCUUGACAAUGAAUUCUAUAAUGGUAGAAACUAAAGAUAUCAGUGAGAAAAAGAUAGUGAGAUAACAUUAUUUUCUUAAUAGUAAAGGUCAUUGUUUAUUAGAGAAAAUGCACUGACAAGUGCUUGAAGGUAGAAGGUAUUUACACUGAGGGGAUAAUCUCCAUUCUAAAGUAUCACUCUCCAAUAAGAAAUCAGGGAUGCUAGGGGAAAUGACUGAUUCUAGGGAUGUGAUGUGAAAAAUACAAGAUAAUCCCGGAUUAUCUUAUAGUGUCACAGAGUAAAAAAGGGCUCAAAAAAUGAUAGGGGGCGAGAUCUUUGGAAACUUUGGCAGAGUGAGAGAUGUCCCCAGAUCUCUCCCCUUGAAACAACCAAUAAACUGAACAUCUAAAACUCAACAAAACACACCCAAACUGCACACC